GCUGGGCAGGGUCGGGGGUAGGGCAAGAGCGCGGCUCAGCAGCGGCCGGUCGGGUCGGUGGGGCUGUGCAGAGCUGAGCCGAGCCGAACCGCGCCGGUGGGACCAUGCCGUCCUACACGGUCACGGUAGCCACGGGCAGCCAGUGGUUCGCCGGCACCGACGACUACGUGUACCUGAGCCUGGAGGGCACGGCAGGCUGCAGCGAGAGGCACCUCCUGGACAAACCCUUCUACAACGACUUCGAGCGCGGCGCGGUUGACUCCUAUGAUGUGACUGUGGAAGAAGACCUUGGAGAAAUUCAGCUAAUAAAAAUUGAGAAACGAAAAUAUUGGUACCAGGAUGACUGGUACCUUAAGUAUGUCACUGUAAAAACACCAAUGGGUGACUAUUUGGAGUUCCCAUGUUACCGUUGGAUUACAGAUGAAAAAGAGGUUGUCCUUCGAGAUGGAAGAGCAAAGCUUCCCCGGGAUGACAAGACCCAGAUUCUCAAGCAACACAGACGCAAAGAGCUUGAGAUCCGUCAAAAAACGUACCGCUGGAAGGAGUGGCAUCCAGGCUUUCCCCUGAGCAUCGAUGCCCAUUCUCACAGUGAUCUGCCUCGUGACAUCCAGUUCGACAAUGAGAAAGGAAUUGACUUCAUUCUGAACUACUCUAAAGCGAUGGAGAAUCUUUAUGUCAACCGUUUCAUGCACAUGUUCCAGUCUUCCUGGAGUGAUUUUGCAGAUUUUGAGAGGAUCUUUGUCAGAAUCAGCAACACAAUCUCUGAAUAUGUGAUGCAGCACUGGAAGGAAGAUUUUAUGUUUGGCUACCAGUUCCUGAAUGGAUGCAAUCCUGUGCUGAUCCGGAGGUGCGCAGAGAUACCCAAGAAGUUGCCUGUGACUACGGAUAUGGUAGAAUGCAGCCUGGAGAGGAACCUGACCCUGGAGGAGGAAGCGAAGCAAGGAAACAUUUUCAUUGUGGACUACGAGCUGCUGGAUGGUGUGGAUGCCAAUAAAACAGACCCAUGCACAAUACAGUACCUGGCUGCACCCAUCUGUCUGCUGUACAAGAAUCUGGAGAAUAAAAUUGUACCCAUUGCAAUCCAGCUUGGUCAAAAGCCUGGGCCAGACAAUCCCAUAUUCCUUCCUUCAGAUGCCACAUAUGACUGGCUGCUAGCUAAAAUUUGGGUUCGCUCAUCUGAUUUCCACAUCCACCAGACAGUGACCCAUCUCUUGCGGACACACUUAGUCUCAGAGGUGUUCAGCAUAGCUAUGUUCCGGCAGCUGCCUGCUGUACACCCCCUCUUCAAGCUCUUGGUGCCACACAUGCGGUUCACAAUAGCCAUCAAUACCAAAGCCCGAGAACAGCUUAUCUGUGAAUGUGGCCUUUUUGACAAGGCAAAUGCUACAGGUGGAGGAGGACAUGUACAAAUGGUGCAGAAAGCAAUGAAGGAUCUGACUUAUAGCUCCCUCUGCUUCCCUGAGGAGAUCAAAGCUAAAGGGAUGGACAGCAAAGAGGAUAUUCCCUACUACUAUUACCGGGAUGACGGCAUUAAAGUCUGGGAGGCUAUAAAGAAUUUUGCAGAGGAUGUGAUUCACAUCUACUAUGAGAGUGAUGAGGUGGUGUGUGAGGACGUGGAGCUACAGGCCUUUGUCAAAGACAUUUACGUCUAUGGGAUGAGAGGCGUGAAGGCCUCAGGGUUUCCUAAGGCGAUCAGGACACGAGAGAAGCUAGCAGAAUAUCUCACAGUGAUAAUAUUCACCACAUCAGCCCAGCAUGCAGCUGUGAAUUUUGGUCAGUAUGACUGGUGUUCCUGGAUUCCCAAUGCCCCACCAACAAUGCGCCGCCCUCCUCCAACAGAAAAGGGGACAGUCACCAUUGAGCAAAUUGUGGAGAGUCUGCCGGACAGGGGACGUUCUUGUUGGCAUCUUGGAGCUGUCUGGGCCUUGAGCCAAUUCCAGGACAAUGAACUGUUUCUGGGCACAUACCCAGAUGAACACUUCGUGGAGAAACCGGUGAAAGAGGCUAUGGCAACAUUCCGCAAGAACCUGGAUGAGAUUGUCAACACCAUCACUGAGCGCAACAAGAACAAAAAGCUUCCUUACUACUACCUUUCCCCAGAUCGCAUUCCCAACAGUGUUGCUGUGUGAGCAGAUACACAGGAGAGUUUGGAGGCAUGUAAAGCUAAUGAUGCCUUCCUGUUACACAUGCUUCUUUACAAUGAACUUUCAGAAAUGGAUAAAAUAAGAAACCCACCCUCUCCAUUAGAGCUGACCCAUACUCUAUUUGGACCUUCAGAACAAAUUGAAUCAUGACUGAUCUUGCAGACAAAGUCUAGUUGACAACCCUCUAGGUCAAAUUUGUUAAACGUUUAUUUUUCCAAGAUAUUUUCAAUUAAUCUUAAAAUCAGUAUUCAUGUUUCUGUUAGCUUUCCCUCUCCUGGUGAAAACAAUAUAAUCACAGAUUCACUUAUUCAAUGAAAAUAGUAUCACAAGCAAUAAGCAAGUCACAUCUUUAAAAUCCUUCCUAUUUUCAGUAGGUGACACUGAUGACAUAUAAAAAUGUAAUCUUUAAAGUUUAUGUAUUGUUUUUAAUCUGAUUAAAACAAAUGUUAAAUAUUUUCACUACAACUGUGAAUGUCCUAAUCAGGAUGCAUCAUAGAAUGCUUUGGGUUGUAAGGGGCCUUAAAGAUCAUCUAGUUCCACAUUUUCUUAACGUAGCUGAUGGAUUUUAUCACUUUCUUACCAAGCUCAUGCGAAAUGAGAUAGCCUGAUUCACAGGAGAAGAAAAUUUUCUACCUAGAUAAACCUAUAUAUUUUCUACAUAAAGCUGAAAAGGUUUGUUUUAGCCUCUACCAGCAGAGUUUGAUGUCAUUCAUAUGUACAAACAAUUGUUUUGCUUAGCACAAUGGCAACACGUACAGACCUAGCAGUGCUUAUGCUCAAUUUCUGUUUCAUUGCUGAGGCUGCUGGUUUCUUCUGUUUUGUGGGUGAUGAAGAGGCUACUUUGUAUAAUGAUAAAAGUCGUGGAGAAGGGUUAAAUUGGUGUGCCACCUUAGUUAGAAACAACUGAGUUUUGCCUCUUGUUUAGAGGUGAUUAGGUUCAAGUACUUGGGCUUUGGUUAAAGUUGAGAGAGUCACUGAGAUAAUGUAAGCAAAAAUGAGGUUUGGAAAAUUUAAGACUCGUAGUUUUGUUAAUAACAAUUUUCGUUUAUUUUUCCCCGAAUUUGUUCCUUGUACUGGCUUUGGCCAGCCUGCAGUGUGUUUUCUCAAUACAUAAGAAAGCUUCUUAAUAAAACAAAACUGAAUAAGAA